AUGUCCAACGAGCACCAUAUGCCUCUUACUAGGACCAUAUUGGAUUCAAAUACAACAAUACUGGAUUCAGUAUCAAAUACUGGACGUCUCAAAAUUCGCGAAGCCCUGUACAUCAACAAAUGCAAACCAACAUUAAACCAACAAUAUAAUAGUUUCGAUCAUACCCUUCAAUUAUUUUCUCAAUAUCGUGAACUGAUACCAACAAUUGCAGUCGAAAACAAGCCAGCAGACGUUUCAGUACCCAAACGAUACGAAUAUCGCUCUAACAGCAACCACAACAACAACCACAACAACAACAAAACCGGCAACAACAACGCCAAAGAACCAAUAUGGAAGAGGACGCACAUCCCCAGUUUUGAAAUUAUAGAAAGGAUAUCUCUUGGUGAAAUUGAAACGUAA